GUAUAGUUAAAUAAAAUAUAAACUAAUUAUAAUGAAGUUAGAUACGUCACAUAUGAGGUACUUAACCUCUGAUGAUUUUCGAGUUCUUCAAGCCAUAGAACAAGGAUCUAGAAAUCAUGAAUUAGUUCCUACUACUAUGAUUCAUAACCUUGGAGGUUUAAAAUCUCCAACUGGUACUAAUAGAUCAAUAGGUGAUCUUGCUAAAUUAAAAUUAGUUUCAAGAUUAAGAAAUGCCAAAUAUGAUGGGUUUAGACUUACAUAUUCAGGAUAUGAUUAUCUUGCCUUAAAAUCAAUGUUAAAUAAAGAAACUUUAUAUUCUGUGGGGACAACUAUUGGAGUUGGUAAAGAAUCUGAUAUUUAUUCAGUUAGUGAUACACAAGGAAUUCAAAAAGUAAUGAAAAUUCAUAGAUUAGGUAGAACUUCAUUUAAGACUGUUAAAAAUAAUCGAGAUUAUUUAAAAAAUAGACAUACAUCAAAUUGGAUGUAUUUAUCAAGAUUAGCAGCUCAAAAGGAAUUUGAAUUUAUGACAAUUUUAUAUCAAAAUAAUUUUACAGUUCCCCAACCUUUUGAUUAUUCAAGACAUUGUGUAUUAAUGGAAUGGAUUAAAGGAAUACCUAUGAAACAUUUACGUAAACAUAAUAAUUAUAAAAAAUUAUAUUCUGAUUUAAUGAAUUUCAUUGUUAAAUUAGCUAAUCAUGGACUUAUUCAUUGUGAUUUUAAUGAAUUUAAUAUUAUAAUAAGAGAUAAAGAUGAAAUAAAAGAUCAUGAAUUUGAUUUUGUAGUUAUUGAUUUCCCUCAAUGUGUUUCUAUAGAACAUGUUGAUGCUAAACAAUAUUUUGAUAGAGAUGUUGAAGGUAUUAAAGCAUUCUUUGAAAAAAAAUUUAGAUAUGCUCCAACUCAUGAUCCAACUAUGUUUGAUACUGAUGGAUAUGGUGAAGGUUAUAAAUAUGCUUAUCCAAAUUUCAAACGUGAUGUUACUAGAAUAAAAAGUUUGGAUGUUGAAGUUCAAGCUUCAGGUUAUGCUAAAAAGAAAACUGGUAAUAGAGAAGAAAAAGAUUUAGAACAAGCUGUACAAAGUAUGAGAGAUAAUACUGGUGAAGAUGAUGAAGAUUAUAGUGAAGUAGAAGAUUAUGAAGAAGAAGAAAAUGAAGAAGAUGAAGAAGAUGAAGAUGAAGAAGAUGAAGAAGAAUAUGAAGAUGAAGAGUUUGAAAGCGAAUCUGAUCAUGACUUAGAUGAAGAGAAUGAAAAGAUAAUCGAAGCAUUACAAACGGGAGUAAAAAAAUUAAAAAUGGACAAAUUGGGUAAUUAUAUAAUUGAUGAUGAAUAA